CCGCGGCGCUCGCGGAUAGCGUCACAGCGCGGCGCCCGUCGCGGAGAACCAGGUGCUCGCGCUACCCGGAAGCGUUGCCGCGGCAGCGACCGGAAGGGACGACGGGUGUGUGUGUGUCUGGAGCGCGCCGGCCGCCAGCAGCUCAUGGCCUUCAGCUUCGGGGCCACGGCGGGUGCCGGUGCCGCCAACCCGACCGGAUUUGGUGGGCUUGAAACUACAAACUCCACUGCCAGUGGGUUUAAUUUUGGGGGUUUCGGAUUAACUGCUAAUCCUGCAGUGAAUUUUAAUAUUGGGAAUUUCGGUGUUUCCACUACCUCAACUCCACCAUUCAAUUUUGGUAACAGUCUGGCAAGUGCAGGUGCCUUUGGAGGAUUUGGGACAACCACCACCACUGCGGCACCAGCGUUUAGUUUUUCUGCUCCCACCAAUACAGGCACCGGCGGACUCUUUGGUGCUACCCAGAACAAAGGCUUUGGAUUUGGUACUAGUUUUGGCACAGGAACUGGCACUGGCUUGGGCACUGGGCUGGGAACUGGGCUAGGCUUUGGAGGCUUCGGUACCCAGCAGCAACAGACGACACUAGGAAGUGGCUUGUUCAGCCAGCCUGCUCAGACGCCUGCCCAGUCGAACCAGCUCAUCAACACAGCCAGCGCACUCUCGGCUCCAACGCUCUUAGGAGAUGAGAGAGAUGCUAUUUUGGCAAAAUGGAACCAGCUUCAGGCCUUCUGGGGAACAGGCAAAGGCUACUUCAACAAUAACAUCGCUCCAGUGGAGUUCACACAGGAAAACCCCUUUUGCAGGUUUAAGGCUGUGGGUUACAGUUUGAUGCCCAACAACAAAGAUGAAGAUGGCCUUGUGGUCCUGGUCUUUAAUAGAAAAGAAGCAGAUAUUCGAAGCCAGCAGCAGCAGCUCGUGGAAUCACUACACAAAAUUCUGGGAGGAAACCAGACCCUCACUGUCAACGUAGAAGGUGUUAAAACGAUGCCAGAUGACCAGACAGAAGUGAUCAUUUACGUUGUUGAGCGCUCACCCAACGGCACUUCGAGGAGAGUUCCCGCGACGACCCUCUAUGCCCACUUUGAACAGGCCAACAUCAAAUCGUCCCUGCAGCAGCUGGGGGUCAGCCUCUCCAUGGCCAGAACGGAGCUUUCCCCGGCACAAGUCAAACAGCUCCUGCAGAACCCUCCCGCCGGUGUUGAUCCUAUUAUAUGGGAACAAGCCAAAGUUGAUAAUCCUGAUCCUGACAAGCUUAUUCCUGUGCCAAUGGUGGGUUUCAAGGAAUUGUUGAGAAGACUGAAGGUCCAAGAUCAGAUGACCAAACAGCAUCAAACUCGAUUAGAUAUAAUAUCAGAAGAUAUCAGCGAGCUGCAGAAAAACCAAACAACAACUAUGGCAAAAAUUGCGCAGUACAAAAGGAAACUGAUGGCGCUUUCUCACAGAACGUUACAGGUGUUAAUAAAGCAGGAGAUCCAAAGGAAAAGCGGCUAUGCCAUUCAAGCAGACGAAGAGCAGCUUCGUGUACAGUUAGAUACAAUUCAGUGCGAACUUAAUGCACCUACACAGUUCAAGGGCAGGCUGAAUGAGCUCAUGUCCCAAAUCAGGAUGCAAAACCACUUUGGCGCCGUGCGGGCUGAGGAGCGCUAUUACAUCGAUGCAGACCUCUUAAGGGAAAUCAAGCAACAUCUGAAGCAGCAGCAAGAAGGCCUGAGUCACCUAAUCAGCAUUAUCAAGGAUGACCUGGAGGACAUCAAACUUAUAGAACAUGGGCUGAACGAGAGCAUCCCCAUCAGAGGAGGAGUCUUCAGUUGACGUGGUGGGUGCUGCUGGGCUGACACAGAACAUGUUACUUGAGUUCAUGGUUCACCUUCCAAGGCCAAAACUGGUGAGGUAAAAUAAAACCUAUCUUCUUGGAGCAAUGGUAUAUUGGCAGUUACCUUUAGAAUUAGCAAAGCCUCUUCUAAGCUUGUGAAUUUGACCUUUGGAAGGUUUAUGAUUUAUAAAGCUGUAUAUGCUUUAAUAAAAGGAGAAAAACUGAAUCUGUUCAGAUACUCUUCACUAUAAAACUAUGUACUAUUGUACAUUUUUUUUCUUUUCUUUUUCUCUUUUUUUUCUCUUUUUACAACAGCAUUGUCUUAGAAAUGCAGUGCUGAGGGAAUUGUCCCACUUGUGACUUGGUUUGUGGAAAGCUUAGCCCGCUUCUGUGUUCUUGUCAAAACAAUCAAGUGACAACAUGAUGUAAGCAGCUAAUUUAAAGCAUUACAGAUAUGUAUGUUGCUGUAACUAUGUCAGUCUCUACAAUACCCACAGUUUACCUGGGCAAGCUGCAGGAAGUUGACGUUUCCAGUUUCUGUCCGUCCUUUGUAUAGCAGGGAGCUGAAGGUUCUGUUGUUAUCCCUUUACAUGUGUGAGUUAUACAAAGUUUUGCGGCCUCUCAAUAACAACAGAAUGUCUAGACAUUGUCUUCUGCCUUUUUAAAUUGCUGGAGAGUAAUAAAUUCAGUCUUGACUUUGUAAUAA